UUUCCUUGCCCGCUCUUUCCUUCAACUUUCUUUCUGAUUCCCAAAUUCCCAAUUUCUGAAAUCAAACAAAAUAAAAAUGACUCCACGCACCCUUCCAAUCCUCAAACGCAUCCUCUCCUCCCCCACGACCGCCACUCGAUCCGUCACCUACAUGCCCAGACCUGGCGAUGGAAAUCCGAGACCCGUUACUUUAAUUCCCGGAGACGGUGUCGGCCCACUCGUCACCGGCGCUGUCGAGCAGAUCAUGGAGGCCAUGCAUGCCCCUGUCUACUUCCAGAAGUACGAGGUCCAUGGAGACGCCAAGAGUGUGCCUCCCGAGGUGAUCGACUCGAUUAAGAAGAACAAGGUCUGUCUUAAAGGAGGGUUGAAGACUCCUGUCGGCGGAGGUGUUAGCUCUUUGAACGUGCUUUUGAGGAAAGAGCUUGAUCUCUAUGCAUCGCUUGUUCACUGCUUUAAUCUGCAGGGGCUCCCAACGCGCCACCAGGAUGUGGAUAUUGUCGUGAUUCGGGAGAAUACUGAAGGAGAAUACUCGGGGCUUGAGCACGAGGUUGUUCCCGGUGUUGUUGAGAGCCUCAAGGUGAUUACAAAGUUCUGUUCAGAACGUAUUGCAAAAUAUGCCUUUGAGUAUUCCUAUCUGAAUAAUCGGAAGAAAGUGACUGCAGUGCAUAAAGCAAACAUAAUGAAACUUGCAGAUGGUCAGUUUUUAGAAUCCUGCCGUGAAGUUGCUAGCAAGUACCCCAGUAUCCAGUACAGUGAAAUGAUUGUGGAUAACUGUUCUAUGCAACUUGUUUCAAAGCCAGAGCAAUUUGAUGUUAUGGUAACUCCUAAUCUUUAUGGUAAUCUGGUCUCAAAUACUGCUGCUGGUAUUGCUGGAGGUACUGGUGUCAUGCCUGGAGGUAUGUAUAUAUUAUAAGCAACUUUGAGAACUCACAA